UUUCGAAGAUGACGAAACUUUUGUUGUUAGUAAUCUGUGUUCAGCUUGCAUUAACUGCUGUUGGUAGGCAUCACAGGGACAGUGAUUUUUUGAGCCACGUUCAACUGGUGCACCAAUUUCAAUGUCUGUUGCCCCAACCAAGGGCGAUUGCAGUAGAGGAUCUCUUGACCGUGGGCCUCGGGCCUGACGAAGCUUUUUAUCCCGCGUCCACGGUUCUGACACGUUGCGCUGGAUCAGGAUGCUGCCCUGAUUCCAAACAGAUCUGUGCUCCCAUCGAAACCAGAAAUGUCACCCUCGUCUUCAUGGUCAGGCAUCGCAUCGAUCAACAACGAGAUCGUCAUCAUGAAGUCAUCCAUGCUGUGGAGCAUACUAAAUGUGCUUGCAUGGAUAAAAUUCUAGCUAUGAAAAAAUCCAGGUUUUAAACAAAGAAAAUAAUU